AAUCCUUUUUGUUAAAUGGCGGAUCUCAAAAUUCUCUAACAAAAGCGAGUUGGUAUUUUCUGUGAAUAAAACAACGCAGGUGAAUCUAUAAGCAUGGAGAUUACGCGCACUACUUUAGGAAUUGCAGUUGGAAUAGCUGGUACCUUAUUCCUUGGAUAUUGUGUGUACUUUGACCAACAACGUCGCAAGGAUCCUCUUUUCAAGAAGAAGUUGAGAGAACGUAGACAGAAGGCCCAACAGAAUGCUUCGCAAUCCCGCACAAUGGGCGGUCCUCUGCCGGACAUGAGCGACCAUGAGGCUAUGCAAAGGUUCUUCCUGCAACAGUCUAGUCCUUUCCAUCAUCAUACCACAAGACAAACGGCGAAGCUUCACCGAUUGAUUGUAGACGUCCUACCCACACUCAGGAAGCGCUUCGCAUCAACCUUCCUUGUGCGUACUGCUAAGAAGUGGAAUUCUUCGUCAGAGUCUGUAUUUCCUGAAGAGUAUAACCUGGAUGUCUUCAAGGCCCGAAUUCAACUUGGUGAGGAGUUGCUAGCGGCCGGCGACUUGGAGGCCGGUGUGGAGCACCUGGGACAGGCUGUCGCUGUCUGCGGGCAGACGCAGCAGCUCCUCGGUGUAUUGCAACAGACGAUGCCCGCCCCGAUCUUCCACCUGCUGCUGAAGAAGCUGCCGGAAGUGUCGGAGAGGCUCCGAGCCUCCAUGAAGGCUAGCGGCAAGAUGCUCCAGGAGGAAGACGUCGAAUAA